AUGGCCUUAACAGCCCGUCACGAGCAAGGCUCAGCCUUCCUCCGCAUCCCAGCCGAAAUCCGACUGCACAUUUACAGCUUCCUCCUCCCCAAACACCGUCUAGACAUCAAUCUCUGCGACCCCGACGACACCCACCCACCCAGGGACAUGCUCCCGAGCAAAAACAAAAAAGCGUCCCCCAUCUCGGCCAUGGUCUCUCUGAAUCUGGCCAUUGAAGCCAUCACCCGCUCCAACGGCCUCCACCUCCUGUUGGUCAGCACCCGCACCGCCGCCGAAUACGCGGGCCUGCUCGCCAAGAUGGCCGUCCGCUUCCACUGCCCGAAGUGUUUUGACGAGUGGCUCCGCAACGUGUCGUACGGCCUGGGCGUGGGCAUCAAGUGGCUCAAACGCGUCGAGAUCCUGUUCGACUCGGAGAUGGGACCCCGACACGUCGGCCCGGACUUGCAGGGCAUGACGCCUGCGCUGUCCAAGUUCAUGGCCAACGAGAUGAUGAAGCAGUGCCAGCACACCGUCUACGCGUACUACGGCCGUCUGGACCUCAUGGAACCGCCGCGCGAAGUGUGGAAGUACGAGCCUUACCGGGGCGACAGCCCGCCCUUGUCGUCUGGCCAUCCUGAUUCCCGGAGCGGGACAACGCUCAACAACUCGGCACAGGGGGUGUCCCAGACCCAGAUAAAUGGUGGGCUGCAUAUGCAUCCUUGGGUCAUCAACGGAGGGUUCCCGCCCCCUGAGACGCGGACGCUCUUCCACGGUGCGCUCACAACGUGGCGGGGUUUGAGGCGGGGAUUUCGCUUAUCAUCUAAUCUUCGUUUACAACCAGGUGAGGAUCGAGAUGAGUCUGCAGACACGACGACAAAAUGGGUCAUCAAGGGGUGGCUUAACGUUUAA